AUGUGUGUUUGGUUAAGACAUUCUAGGGAAAUUAAACCCUAGGGGCAGGCGGUCAACAGUUUCCCUAGGAAGUCUUCAUAAUACCCAAAAAUAAUGCAGAGACAAGUCAUGAGAGAGAGAGGUAGAGAGAGAGUGAGAAGGGAUCGAGGUGGACAUCGUUCAAGGGAUAGACAAUCAGCACUGAUCUGGGAGCAAGGUGGAUCUCGUCGAAGAAUCUACCAAAGGACCAGGGAUCCGAGAGUUUUGGGGAAAACAUGGGAUGAUCAAUACCAGGGUCGAAAAAUGCAGAGAGAUGGGCCGGCAUUGAAGAAUCAGUGGCAAACCCAACUCGCAAAGGAGAUAUGGGAUUUGGCGACGCAGCUCGGAGCAGUGGCGGACAACGACAAGGAGGUGAUUCAAAGAAUAGAGGAGAUGGAGGAUAGAGAUCAAAGAGCAAAGAGGAUUAUGGUGAACCGAGAGGAAGAAGGCAGCAAGAAGGAUAUGGAUUGGGUUGCAAAGUCGUCUAUAGGCAUGUCUGGAGGCCUGAUAUGUGUCUGGGAUUCCAAAAUAUUGAAGAAAAAAGAGACUAUAGAGGGGGAUGAUUUUAUAGGGGUAUUUGGACUGUGGGGAGUGGAGGAGAUACCUGUAUUCAUUGUAAAUAUUUAUUCUCCAUGUCAAAUGUCAAGAAAAAGAGCCUUGUGGGUGGAGCUGCAAGGUUUAAUAAAUAACAGAAGGGGGUUGUGGUGUUUAGCUGGGGAUUUUAAUGCUGUAAGGAGGGUGGAGGAAAGAGCUGGAUGUAAGACGGUUUCAAAUGAAAUGAGGGAGUUUGAUGCUUUUAUCUUCAACUCGGAGCUGGUUGACUUACCGUUGAUAGGGAGAAAAUACACUUGGUAUAAUUCAAAUGGGCAACAAAUGAGCAGAAUUGAUAGAUUUCUGUUUUCUGAAGAAUGGAUGGCAAAGUGGAGCAAAAUGAAACAGUGGGGUUUGAAGAGAUCUGUAUCGGAUCACUGCCCUAGUAUGAUAAAAAAUGAACAGGUCGACUGGGGACCAAAACCGUUCAGAUUUUUUGAUUCUUGGUUGGAUCAACCGGGAUGUAAGGAAGUGAUUGCAAGUGCUUGGAAUGACAGUGAAGUGAAGGGCUGGAAUGGUUUUAAACUGAAAGAAAAACUGAAAAGAACAAAGAAGGCACUGAAGGAGUGGAGUGGCAAAACCAAUAGGGAGAUGGAAGGAAGAAUAAAGGAAGCAGAAUUUCUGAUCGCUUCAAUUGAUGAGAAAGGAGAGCAGCACCAGUUGUCAGAUAUUGAUGUAGAACUGAGAAGGAACAGUUUUAUUGAAUUAUGGAAGAAUUUAAAAAUCAAGGAGAGGAUGAGUCAACAAAAAUCAAGAGAACAGUGGCUAAAGGAAGGUGAUGCGAAUACAAAAUUCUUCCAUAGAAGCAUCAAGGGAAGAUGGUGCAGAAAUGAAAUCAAUAGUAUUCGGAUAAACGGGCAGCAGUAUACAGGAGUGGAGGUAAUGAAGCGAGAGGUUGCUAAGUACUUCCAAGAAUUGUUUUCAGAAGAAAAAUGGAGGAGACCAAAGCUCGAUGGAAUUUGCUUUAGGCAAAUCUUGCAAUCUGAUAAUGAGUUCCUCACUGCUAACUUCUCAGAACAGGAAAUUAAAGAAGCAAUAUGGAAUUGUGAUCCUUCUAAAUCCCCAGGACCAGAUGGAUUCAACUUCAGAUUCAUUAUGACAAUGUGGGAGGUUGUUAAAGAUGAUAUAAUCAACUUUGUACGGGAAUUCCAUCAACACGGCAAGAUGGCCAGGGGGUCAAAUGCCUCUUUCAUUGUGCUAAUUCCAAAGACAGAAAAUCCACAAGCAAUAGAGGAAUUCAGACCCAUUUCGCUAAUAGGAGUCACUUACAAGAUCAUGGCAAAGUUAUUAGCGAACCGACUACGGAAAGUGCUGCCGAAGGUGAUUGGGGAGCAACAGAUGGCUUUUAUAGAAGGAAGGCAGUUAGUAGAAGGGGCAGUGAUUGCAAAUGAGAUUCUGGACGAAGUUAGGAGGAAAAAGAAGAAGGGAUUCCUUUUUAAAGUCGAUUUCGAGAAAGCUUACGACAAAGUAAACUGGGAAUUCAUAGACUACAUGAUGAUGAGAAUGGGGUUUUGUGCAACUUGGAGGAAAUGGAUUCAGGAGUGCUUGAAUUCGAGCUCAGUCUCUAUUUUAAUCAAUGGCAGCCCGACGAAUCAAUUUCCGGUUAAUAAAGGUAUCCGUCAAGGAGAUCCUUUAUCUCCUUUCCUAUUCUUGAUUGUGGCAGAGGGGCUGAACGGAUUAAUGUCAUCGGCAGUGGAUACGAAGAGGUAUAAAGGAGUGGGCAUCGGGAGUGGAGAUACAAUGGUCACACACCUCCAAUUCGCGGAUGACACAAUCUUCUUUGGGGAUGCAACAGAGAACAAUAUUAGGGUAAUCAAAUGCAUUAUGAGAACAUUCGAGUUAGCCUCAGGACUGAAGAUUAAUUUCGGAAAGAGUCAGUUGAUUGGUGUGGGAGUUGAUCAGAGUUGGAGUGCUAAAAUGGCAUACCUAUUGUGCUGCAAGGAAGGGAAAUUGCCAUUCAAGUACCUAGGAAUCCCUAUUGGCGGGAAUCAUAGAAGAAAAGCCAUGUGGCAGCCUAUGGUGGAGUCGGUUAGAAAGAAGUUAGCCAGCUGGAAGGGGAGGUAUCUAUCGAUGGGAGGCCGCAUCACGCUUAUCAAUUCAGUGCUGUCAAGCCUACCGGUGUUCUUGAUGUCCGUCUUUGUUAUCCCAAAAGAUCGAUCAUAUUUGCCCUUGAUGCUCUACCCUAGCCUCACCCAAAUGGGUUUGCAAAAUCUUUCAGCGACUCUCCGUUUCUUUGGAUUUGCAUUGGUUACUAUAUUUCUUCUUUGUACGGUGGCGGCGGAACCAGUUACCUACGUCGUCGAUCGAGGCUUACCCUCUAAUUCCCCUGUUCAGUAUGUUGUCGCCCAAGGGUCACCCUCAAAGUCCGCUGUUCUGUAUGUUGAUGCCCCAGGCUCACCCUCAAAUUCCGCUGUUCCGUCUGUUAUCGCCCAAGGCCAGCCCCCCAGUCCUAACGGUGUUCGGACUGUUCUCCCCCGAGGCCUUCCCCCCAGUUCUAACGGUGUUCCGUAUGUUCUCCCCCGAGACUAUCCCCCCAGUUCUAACGCUGUACCGCCUGUCUCAAACCUAUCCUCCAAAGACCCACUGAAACCCUCUCUUUCCCCUGUACCAACUGCUGCAAUCACUCCAGAAGGAAGAAAGAACCAGAUAGGAUUACUAGUGGGGAUAGUUAUUGUAGCAUGUGCUCUAAUUUUUGCCAUAGGUUUAACUUCGUUUAUUUUUUGGAGAAAGAGGACAAGAGAUGAACCAGUUGUCUUUGAUGUGUCCUUCAGUGAUGAAUUUGGGAAUGGCAUGGGACCUAGAAAGUUCUCUUAUGAUGAAUUGGCUAAAGCAACAAAGAAUUUUGCAGAUGAGGAGAAGCUUGGCGAGGGAGGGUUUGGAGCAGUUUACAAAGGUUUUUUGAGGGAUUCCGGUACAGAUGUAGCUGUUAAGAGGGUAUCAAGGGGAUCACAACAAGGAAUCAAGGAGUAUGAAUCAGAAGUGAAGAUUAUUAGUCGAUUGAGGCAUAAGAAUUUAGUGAAGCUUAUUGGUUGGUGCCAUGAAAAGGAACUUUUACUAGCUUAUGAGUUCAUGCCCAAUGGCAGCUUGGAUUCCCAUAUCUUCAAGGGAAGAAGCUUGUUACAGUGGAACCUUCGCUACAAAAUUGUGCAAGGCUUGGCAUCAGCUCUCUUGUACCUUCAUGAAGAAGGAGAUUUUUGUGUGCUACAUAGGGAUAUUAAAGCAAGCAAUAUUAUGUUAGAUGUUGCUUUCAAUGCUAAGCUUGGUGAUUUCGGUUUAGCUAGGUUAGCUGACCAUGAAAAAGGAUCACGAACAACUUCGUGGGCUGGAACCAUGGGUUACAUGGCUCCUGAGUGUCAGAGAACAGGCAAGGCAAGUAAGGAAUCGGAUAUCUACAGCUUUGGAGUUGUAGCACUCGAAAUUGCAUGUGGAAGAAGAUCCAUAGAACCUAGAUAUGAGGAGGAUCGGGCCUCACUGGUGGCUUGGGUGUGGCAAGCUUAUGGGAACCAAAGACUAAUUGAUGUGGUAGACGAUCAACUUUCUGAAGCUUUUGAUGUAAAAGAGAUGGAAUGUUUGUUGAUUACUGGCUUAUGGUGUAUACAUCCUGUUCCUAGUCUGAGACCAUCAAUCAAGCAAGCAAUACAAGUGCUUAAUUUUGAGGCGACACUACCAAAUCUUCCAAGAGAGAUGCCUAUUCCCAAGUAUGAUAUUGCUAAUACCCCAAUCAUCAUAACAAGUGAACCAUGUUUAUCCGACAUAAGCAUUACUGUUCCUCGCUAAUUUUCAUACUAUGCCUGGAACAAAAUUGAUUUGCUAAUAAACUAGAGUAUUAUAGUUUGGAAUUAAAUAUAUUCUAUCUUCUCACUUUGAUUUUCGUAUGAUAAGCUAGUGCAUUUCCAAUGCCUAAUUGUCCUUCAUUACCAGUUCUUUUCUUAUAGAGGAGUUGUUUAUGCUCAUGUAUCACAUUAUUCUAUGAGGUUGAAAAUCAUUCUUCAGUCAUUUGUUUGGCUCAACCCAAACAGGGGACUCUGUCUCUCUUAAUAAAGUUGGUGUUCUUUA